UCGAGAGUAUAAUUUCAAAAUUUUUGGUUAGAAUUAAUACAAUAUAAUAUUACAUACCUGUAUUAAAAGAACAGUUAACAGAAAUCUAAUGUGUUUCUAAAAGUUCAGCAACUCAAUAAAAAAAUCUUUCUAUUAAAACUCUUGUUAAUGGCGACUAAAUCAAAUAGAAUUUUAGAGGAUUAUUUCUCGUUAGUAUCAGCUGAAAACUUUCACAUAAACAAAGUUAUUGAUAAAAACUAUGAAGAGGAGGAAGAGAAAAUAUGCGAUGUUAGUACUCAAACAAAUGUUAGCAACCGACAGAAAAAAGUUGUAGGUAAAUAUUAUCCAGGCGUCAUAACAAGACAUCACGUUUGGAAAGUAAUGGUUCCUUCACAGAGACCGAAGCGAAGACGAGUAACGUUCAUGGAUUGGAAGAAAUACCAUAAACUAAGUGUUAUUAAUGGUUUCAUUGAUGAUUUAGAAAAAGAUUAUCCUGCUAUUUGCACAGUGUCAGUAAUCGGUAAAUCCGUUGAAGGUAGAAACAUUAAGAUGCUAAAGAUCUCCAACAGUGAUGCCGGCAACUCGCCCGUGUGGGUUGACGCUGGCAUACAUUCUCGAGAGUGGAUCAGCAUUGCUGUAGUCACCUAUAUAGCUAACAUCAUUGCUAAAAAUUUCCAUAACCUUCCGAAAUCAAUUACCAAUAAGGAUUGGCAUUUUGUACCUGUUUUAAAUCCGGAUGGAUAUGAAUAUACUCAUAGUCAUGAGCGCAUGUGGCGGAAAAAUCGCGCGAUGCACGAAGGAAAAUGUGUUGGAGUUGACCUCAAUAGAAAUUUUAGUUGUGGAUGGGGUGUUGAUGGUGACCAAGGAUCGUCCGCUUCACCGCAUAGUGUUUUCUACAGAGGUCCAGCGCCGUUUUCUGAACCUGAAACAGUCGCCGUUAGGGAUACAAUAAUGGGUUCAAGAACGCCUUUCAAAGUGUUCCUGUCCUUUCACAGUUAUUUUGAAUUAAUAAUAUUUCCAUGGGGCCACAAGGCUGAAGCAUGUCCUGAUUAUCUUCAAUUGUUAGAAGGUGGAGCGGUUAUGGCAAGGGCAAUCUACGAAAGCAGUGGUUUGAUCUAUAAAGUGGGUAGUACUAAAGACUUGACAUACAGCGCAUGCGGAACUAGCACAGAUUGGAGUUACACAAUAGCAAAUAUCCCCUUCUCAUAUAUGAUAGAGUUACGAAGCAAAAAACAUAAGUUUAGACUCCCUAGAAGUCAGAUUAUAGAAACAGGAAAAGAAAUUUGGAACGCUGUGGGCAAACUUAUGGAAUUUAUAGAUCAAUAUUAACAAAUGUAAUUGGUCAUAUGUCGGUUUCUUUAAUGUUUUUUGUAUUAACCAAUGUAUGUAUUUGUUUCGUAAUGUUUGUGUAAUACAAUAUUGUAUAUAUAAAUCAAUUGAAAACGUAAAUAAAAAAUACGAUAAUCGGUUGAA